AUGACUUCUUACUACUUCAGCAUAAUUGGAACACGCGACAAUCCUGUCUACGAGUUUGAGUUUUCCUCAUUUAAAAACUCCCUGGCCAUGUCCACAUCGACUUCGGUGCCAGGAAAGUCCCAAUUUUCGGCAAGCAUCAAAGAAAUGCUCCCUUUCAUCUCCAAUUCCUCUUUGGAUAUCAUAGAGGAUGCACAAUGGACCACCAACCUGUUUUAUUUGGGUAAAAUUGACUCUUUUUACGGGCUUUUAGUCAACGCAUUCAUCACCCAAGGUAAUAUCAAAUUCGUGUUGUGCUACGAUGUAUCGAAUGGAACCACCCAGAAGUAUGACGAUAGUUCCAUAAAGCAGUUCUUCAUUGAGGCCAACGAUCUUUACGUGAAGUGUUUAUUGAAUCCGUUCUAUUCUGUCAAUGAUGCAAUUGUCUCUCCUGAUUUUGACUUGAGACUUAAAUUAAUUGCGAAGAAGUACUUGUGA